UUGAAUAAAGACCGGAUAAGAUAGUCCAACACCCAAAACUUAACCAACUACUCACUCUUUGAGUCCUUAGACCACUCAAAUUCCCUCAAGUUCAAUCUAAAAUCAAAACCGAAUUGGGACCGGACCGGAUCAAACCCGGACUGUAUUCAAUCCAAUUUUUGGUCCUUAUAUUCACGAAAAUACCGGACUGGGACCGGGUCAAUUCGGGCCAAUUUAACCGGACCGGACCGUAUAGCCACCCCUAGUUGUGAUACCUAGUAAACAUGGUAGUGACUAUAUAGUUCUUAGCUGCCACAUGAGUUAAAGCAUAACUUAGGUAUAUGUGACAACUAGUGACACGCCAAAACACAACACCAAACUGCGACCAAGUAUAAUCGCAGUCCGGGAAUGCAGUAAAGUGACAAGUUAUAUUAUCAACCCGGGGUCUAGAUCUACUGCUUACUCAGUGAUUCUCUACUAUCUAGCCAACUAAGUUAAGUGUUUGUUGUGUAAAAGCAAAAGCAGAAAGAAAGCAGGAAUUGAUACGGUUUUCUCAAGUAGGUAAGAGUCACUCGGGAAUGAGUCCCCUUAGCUCCUUAGUUAGGUUUCAAUUGUAUUUCCCUGGAUUGAUUUACUGUUGAUUAGACUGCGGAAGAUCCAACAGUAGCUUGGAAUCUCUUAAGCUGACCAAGCCCUCUCAGUCUAACUACCCGGCAGACGACUAGUCUUCACCGGGAUAGAAAGCUGAAGCAGUAAGAACAGAACUCCACUACAGGAAUUAGAUUCCAGUACAAAGCAGUAAACUGGCUAACUCUCGUAUAGCCAAUCUCCUACUACCGAAUGAUGAGACUCUAGCAACCUAAUCAGAUGCUAUCUAUCUCAGAUUGCAGCAGGAAUCAGGAAAAGUUGAUCAGACUUCAAUUGACUCAAUAAAUAUGCAUCAUUCGAUUAAAAGCAAACAGUAAUAUCAUCCCAAGUCAUUACAAUCAAUCCCUAACACAUAGAACUAGGGUUCUUCAUCCCCAAGUGAGAGAGAGGUUCUACUCCAUAUAGAGAGAGAGGAAAACAAGGUACAAAGCAGUCAUACUCAUUACAAUGGGAAGAAUCUGCUCUGGGAUGAUGAUUUCCACUCCUGUGACGAUCUCCAAGCUCGAUUUGAUGAAAUCCAGCUCCAAGAUAGCUUCUAGGAUGUGUUCUUCGUCCUUUCUCUCUCUAGGGCUCUGUUUUUGCUCAAAAAGUCCGAUCUCCUCACUUGUGGCUCGAAAUUGGCUGAAAAACCAAGAUUUCCCGACUCACACGGGCAGGCCACACGGCCGUGUGGCUCACCUAGUUGCCCGUGUGAGUUAAAACGCGGCGUAUCAAUUAGUUCGAUCUUCAGGCUUUCCACACGGCCAGGGUCGCACGGCCGUGUGGGAUUUCCAUCCUGCCCGUGUUUGCUCUCUACGAAACUCGCACGGCCACUUUGCUCCUACACACGCCCGUGUGAUGGUUAUGUGUGCCCGUGUGGCUUCCUCAUCGGCUUGUCUCGCGCCUGAUCUUCAUCCAAUCGACCCCAAACUCGCUCCUAAGCCUCCAUUCACGUACUAGGACCUGAAAUAUCACAAACAAGCACAACCUAGCGUGAAAUCGGCCUAAAACACGAGAAAUCACAUCUCAAACGGUGCAAGAACAGGGGUAAAAACAUGUGUAAUUAACGGUCUAUCAAACUCCCCCACACUUAACCUUUUGCUUGUCCCCAAGCAAACCAAGUCAGAUACAAGGUAAGCUCACAUAUUUCAAUCAACCAACUUUGGGGACAAGUCAUAAAGGCACAGAACACGUGAAUCGUACUGGUUUUCAAACAUCAAUACAUGAACAAUCUCAAUAGCAACCUGGACAACCACCACAAAGGACAUUCGAGUGCAGCAAAAUCGAGUAAAGGAAGAGUCUCCCUUCUGUUCACCAACCAACCUAGACUUGACUCAACCACUUACUCAAAACAGUCAACUCAUACAUCCAACUCAAGACAUCAGAAUAGAGACCGAGUAAUCUAGGUCCUCACCGGGGUACAAGAGUAUAUAGAAUAUGAAAAUGAAUCACUCACUCUCGACCAGUGGGGUCGGGACAAUUUGAUGCGAAAAAUGUGCAUGCUCUUUCUCUCAAUCCCUAACAUCUCUUCACCAUGAUGGCAGCCUCUAAAUGCUAGAGUUCACAUAUGGGGUGUCACCACUAACUAAUCAGGAGGUCUUAGACACAGGUUCAAAUGACUGGCUAGGGUCUUGGACAUGGGGAAAAGGCCUUUUAGGUGGUGGAAGCAUUCAAAGCACAAGGUUCCACAUUUCCAAACCCACACAAUCACAGUCAAACAAACCAGUAUUUCCUUUCUGCUAUUCUGCAUUAUUCAAUAUCUCAAGAGCACAAAAGCUAAGGAGGUAUCAAUGUUAGUAUUUCCAAGCCAGACUGCUAAGAAACACUACUUAAUGGG